AACACAAUUAAAUAAAAAAUAAAUAACGUAUUCCUCAAUUAAAACAUGCGAAAUUAUAGUCAUUUGUUAUUGCUUUCAAUGUGUCUAACAAUAGUCUUUAUUGUUUUAAAUAUGAAAUCAUCUACGGAAUUGCUUGAGCCUGCAAGUAUUGCCGGAAAGCGUAGCUUCCGGAAGCAACAGGAAGAAUCGCGCGCCGACUAUCGAUGGAUCGCUCACAAUAAGACGCCUCGAUAUGUCACUCCUUCCCUUGCCGAAUUGGGUAACAUACCGUACAAGUACAAGCACAUCCUUAUGUUAACACGCAUACCUGGCACAGGCGCUGAACUAAUAGUGCUGAUCCUGCAGCGUUUGCAAGGAUACAAUGCUUUCAAACACAUACGUCUACCACCGGGCGAUCAUGGAUUUUUAUCUACUUUGCAACAAGACUUACUAGUGGAAGAAAUUUCAAAUAUCGUCAAACAAGAAGCUAUUCCCUUAACUUUCGAUGGAGAUGUAAAGUUUCUAAAUUUCUCGAAAUUUGGACGGCAAGGACCUACGUUUAUUUCUUUAGUGAGAGAUCCUUUGGAUCCACGCAUCUGGCAAAAAUAUGAAAAGGGAGAAGAAGGAAUGCUUUAUCGUGGAGCUAUACCUCACUUUUGUGGACAGGAACCGCGUUGCAUGGAACCAAAUGACACAUGGGCGUUAGAACAAGCUAAAGCAAAUGUUGUUCGAUGGUAUCCUGUUGUUGGCAUACUGGAUUACAUGGAGGAGACGUUGAACGUACUUGCAGUCGAAUUUCCCUAUUUUUUUAAAGGCGCUAUUCGUAUUUAUGACCAAUUUCGGCCAAAAGAAAAGUACCUGUUUGCUUCUUCAGUAACUCUAAAUCCAUUAGUUAUUGAAGAUAUGCUUUUAAGAAAAGUUCUUGCACAAGAAGUAGAAUUUUAUGAAUGGUUGAAGUUCCGACUUCUCAACAGAACUUUCCACAAUGACCGAGUUGUUCCGUGACUUGAUUAUUCAAAAAUAGGAUUAGACGUCACAAUUUUAUAAUUAUUACACCAAAGAAAUAAAUUUGAACUUUCCGUGCCAUUUAGAGGUUGACUAUGUAACUGUAUAUCCCGUGCAAAUCGUUGCAGUUGCAUUACGUAGAUAUACUCGAUUUUUUUACCGGUGUGGUACACUGUCUCAUCAGUAGAGUAGUUGUCAUGGCGCUUGUAAACUUGUAAAUUACAAAGUUAUUACAAUUUUCAUAUAUCAAUCUAAUUUAAUAUUUGUCGAAUAAAUACAGAAAAGUACAAAGAAAUGCGUUACGUGUUUGUCGUUUUCUUUCCUUUCCUUUCAAAUUCGUCCAUUUUCCUAGCGAAAAAUGCAACUCAGGAGAUCUGCUGUUUAUGUACACACAAUAAGAAAAGCGAAAAUGCAGCUUGUUUCGAUUGCCACUACAUUGAUAUCAUUGUUUGCUAUAAAAGGGACAUUAUACCGUGCCAUUGAGUACGUUGUUUCUGCGCGUAAUUCUAAACAAAAAGAAUUUUUAUUUAUUCAGAUAAAACGUCAUGCAAGUAUCUAUCUUAUGAGCACGAUUAAUUCUCUAUAGAAUAUAAAAAUAAUUGUCAAUAUCGUGACCAUUAACUGCACUUUUGCAAAUGUAUACUUGUUUAUUGUGAAUGAAAGUCAGGGAGAAAGCGAAUUGGAUUGAUUGACGCGUCGGCGAUGCGUGCAGCAAGAUAGUAGGAUCAUGUUGAUGUACA